GGCUGUGCGACGUACAAGGCUCCGCCCUUUUCCGCUCAGUCUCUCGGAGGGUGGGGGAGUUGGCUGAAAGAUGGCGGCGGAGAGUGCCAUCAUCCCGCAGCUAGCGGAGAGUAUAACUCCGAGCAGCCCCGCUGCCGCUUGUAGCGGGCCCAUGGCGGGGGGUGACACUAGUAGUAAUGCACACACCUCCAUCCCCUGCCAGCAAGAUAUUGUACUGGAUGAACAGACCAAAAAGGAGCUUUUCACAGACACAUUUUGCAAAGUGUGUAAUGCUGUUCUGCAGUUUAAAUUCCAAAGAAUCUCUCAUUAUAAGGGUAAGAAACAUGCACAUAAAGUCCGCCUUUACUUUCUGAAGAAUGAACUGGAAGAAAUAGCUUUGAAAACUCAAAGAACAAACCGUGUAGAAUUCCAUGUGGACGGAGAGGUCUCUCUUGACAAAAACAAGUUUUGUAGCCUCUGCAAUAUGGUAUUCAGUUCCCCUGUUGUCGCUCAGGCACAUUAUGUGGGGAAAAUCCACGCUAAGAAAAUGAGGCAGUCGGCUGGGGAACAAGUGGAGUGGACCCCACAAACUGAUCAGGAUUUCUCAGCCACCUCCCCUAUGGACUCACACUCAGACGCAGCUGCUGCAGAGCUGACCUCUGACAAACGUGAUGAACAGGAGGUGAGCACUGAGCAGCCAACCUCCACCGACAAUGAGAUUGAUCUGAAUGACCCCAAUAAGUACUGCAAGCUCUGCUGUGCCUCCUUUAAUAAGGCAUUGGUGGCUCAGCAGCACUACAGUGGUAAAAAGCAUGCACGUAACGAGACCCGCAAAAAAAUGAUGGAGGAAAUGGAGGGGACCGGUGUGGCUGAUUCAGUGGUGAGUGAUGGCAAAUAUGUGUGCCCGAUCUGCAAUAUCACCUUCACCUCAAUAGAAAUGUACCAGUCUCACAUGCAAGGAAACAAGCAUCACACUAAAGAAAACAUAGUGACUAACUUAAUGAAAACCUCCAAGAAGAAUUAUGACUCAUUUCAGGAUGAAUUGGCCGACUACAUAAAGGUUCAAAAGGCUCGAGGACUGGAGCCUAAGACUCAGUUCAGGCAAGAAAAGGACCAGUAUGAUAGCUGUGAUUAUGAAGAGGAGGAGGAGCCAGAGCCUAGGCCCAUGCCUGGACAUGUUAUCAGCAAAACAAAUGCCCCUUACAAAUAUUUAAAUCCUCAUCCUGUUCCCUAUCCAUUGCACAACUCAACACACCCCGUUGAUCACAGAGUCCCAGCUUGGGGAGCACACUGGGAAAAAGGCAGCAGACCUCAGAAAGGACACCAUUUUGACUUACAUAAAACAAAACAUAUCUCCCGCUCUCCAUCCAGUCGGGACUCGAGCAGUGAUUCCAGCGGCUCAUCCACAGAUGAAAGCAGCAACUCCUACAAGAAAGACAAAAGGCGUAAAAGGAAGCAUCACCGAGAAAGCCGACUCCGGGGACCGGUCAGAAUAAGGAGAGACGACGAGAACAGCGAGAAGAGGAAAAGAAAGAUGGAGGAUGCAGAUUCGGGAAAAGAAGAUAAACAAGACAGAGGGAAAUCUUCGGUGAGCGACAAAGAUAAGCACCGAAGGGAAAAGAAGAAAAGAGAGGAGCAAAGCAAAAAACACAAGAAACUUAAAAAGGAAGGGGACCAAAGAACUGAGGAGGAAAUGCUCUGGGAUGAAUCCAUAUUGGGAUUCUGAAACUGCUGGGCAAUGAAAAUAUAUUUGGGGCACACAAUUUCUAAACCCAUCACUGCUUAACAAGUGAUUAAAAACGUUUAAUUUGCGGCACACAAUUAUAGUUCUAGAUUAAAUUAAAGGGAUACUGUCAUGGGAAAACAUGUUUUUUUCUUAGAUCUACCAGGCAGCUGUUAUCUUGUGUUAGGGAGCUGUUAUCUGGUUACCUUCUCACUGUUCUGUUGUUAGGCUGUUGGG